AUGCUGACAAGUACAGAGAACAACUCCGUCGUUGACGACGACAGCGAGGAUGAUUUCGACUGGGAGGAGGUUGCGGUCCCACAAUACGAGCAGCAACCCAAGGCGGUAGAGGCUGAACCUGCGAAUGAGGACGUGCAGGAGGGCCCUUCGGAGAAGCCGCACAUAGAGAUCACCAUCCAGACGCAGCGGAAGGGGAAGAAGAGCAGCCAGGCAAAGCCAAACCCCCGCGCGGAGCAGUUGUACGCCGAACGCCUGGCGCGACUGACAUGCCACCAGGUGCAUACCGUCUGCCUCCUCGCGAAUGCCCGCAUCCGGAACAAAUGGCUCAACGACGCGCUGCUCCACGUCCGUCGCGCGUUCUCUGCUCUCCGUGCCACGCAUGCUCACGCGCUCGUCUAG